AUGUCGAAUAAUCCUUGGGCCGAAGGAGGGAAUGACAAUGGCUGGGAGGAUGUUGGACCCCGCCGCAACGGCCAGCCCGCUUCAACAACAAACCCUCAGACCAUUCCUACAAUCUUAAGACCCGGCGGCGCCUUUGAUAACCAGGACGAACAACAGGCAUGGGGAGAAACCAGAACACAGCCGGGCGACCAAAGAAACCCCCAAGAAGCGCCCGGUGCGCUAAAACCAGACAGAACAGGAACAAAUCCCUUUCUACGGAAGCAGAUCCCCCAAAGACAGGAAGAGCCGCCCACCGAUACUUUUGCGAGAUUGGGUCUCGAUGAGCCCAACACAAACCCAUGGCAGCCGGCCAUAGAUGCGCAACGUACUUUACUACAGCCACAAGCACCAGCGCAACCAAUUCCAAGUCUUUUGGACGAUAACAUUCCCAGAGAUAGAUGGACGCCAACGCCGGAACCAUUGCCUGCUGGAUCGCCAGGCAUGGUAUCGCUACUAUCCGACAGAGGAUCUUCCGCUUGGGAUGAGGAUCCAUUAGGGAAGAAUGAGAAACCGCCUGUGCCACCUAUGAAGCUCUCCGAAGAGAUUACUGGAGACACAAGUAUAUGGGAUGAUGCAAGUGGUGAAAAAGGAAAAGCCAAUGCCACGAGCGAGGCGAGGUCAGGGUCGCCUGAUGAUUGGAAUCUGAUAGAAUCAGAACCUGCAACAAGCCCCAUCAAUGAGCCAUCAACUGAGAAGCCUCCAUUACCGCCCAGGCAACCAACGCUGCCAACAGAUGGGUCAUCUUGGAGACCUUCCAGAGACCCAGUCGAUGGUAAGACUGAGACGUAUCAGAUAAAGAACAUUCAUUGGCAUGACUCCAGCUCGUCAAAGAACCCACGAAUAUCCCCAAUUUUAAUCCAGAAUGCAAACGGGCCCUGCCCUCUUGUUGCUCUGGUCAAUGCGCUUACAUUGACGACGCCUGCCGAUAUUGAAGACACUGCCCUUGUGCAAACCCUUCGAUCAAGGGAACAAGUUAGCUUGAAUCUGCUCCUGGAUGCUGUUUUCGACGAGCUCAUGUCACCGCGACGAACCAGCUCUGAGGACGCAUUGCCAGAUGUCGGCGACUUGUAUGCCUUUUUACAAAGCUUACAUACUGGCAUGAAUGUGAAUCCGCGCUUCAUUCCGACAGAAAGCAUCCAAGAGGCUUAUAAGCGUACUUCGUUGACGCAUCUGCAUCCUGCCGAACGAGGAGAUCUGAUUCCAGGAACCUUUGAGAAUACGGCUGAGAUGGGCUUGUAUGCUACAUUCUCGAUUCCGUUGAUUCAUGGAUGGCUACCACCAAAGAAUGAACAUGCUCAUGAUGCGCUAGAACGACAAGCCGCAUCAUACGAGGAUGUUCAAAAUCUCCUUUUCCGAGAGGAAGAGCUCGAACAAAAGUUGUCGGAUCCUGAUGGUGGGCUUAGCGAGUCUGAGCAGCAGUUGUACCAAGACAUCAUAAUCAUCAAGGAGUUUCUGGAAAAUUCGGCAACUCAACUUACGCCUUGGGGCAUCGAAGUUAUUGGCAAGGCCAUUAGACCUGGUACUUUUGCCAUUCUCUUCCGAAAUGACCACUUUAGCACUUUGUAUUGCCACCCGCAAUCCAUGCAGCUCAUCACAUUGGUGACGGAUGCGGGUUUCAAAUCUCAUGAUGAAAUUGUAUGGGAAACACUAUCAGAUAUCAACGGUGGGAACACGGAAUAUCUUUCCGGGGACUUCCGGGUUGUAGGUUCAGGCGGCGCUGGUCCCUCGACGAGCGCAGGAAACUAUUCCAGCAAUGACGGCGGAGAAUGGACGACGGUACAGAAUAGACGCGGAAAGGCACCAGACGCUGGUGAAGCUCCGAUGAGCCCAAGUGCCGAACAAGAAGAUCGGGAUUUGGCUCUUGCAUUACAAUUACAAGAGGAGGAAGAGGAAAGACAUAGAGCAGAAGAGGCACGGAGACGAAGGGAGAGCAUGCUUUCGGAACAAUUUAUUGAGCAACAAGCUCUUCAACCGCCAAACGCAACACGUGGAAAUCGCGGAGGUCGAGGAGGUCGUGGAGGAGGUCAACCUGGUAGAGGAGCUCCACGAGGUGGAGGUGUUACACGAGGAGCAGGUGGUCUCGUCCCUAGCCGCAACAGUUCUGUCAGCGCGCCCACAACAAACACGAUCAACGCGCAGCCCAGAAUACCUACCCAAAGAGUACGAUCACUUAUCCCGAAUCAACCACCUCGGCCGGCAGUGUCGCGACCAGCGGAUGAAGCAGCAGACGAUGCGCCGCCAUCUUACGAGCAGUCGGCACACGAUAGAACGUACCAGCCGCCGAUGGGACACCCGAGUCAUCCCGGUAGCAGCCCUACAAUAUCGAGACAGACAACGGCUGCGAGCGUGAACCCAUCGAUGCCGAUGGGGCAGAGACCCUUUGUUCCUGUAGGCAGACGGCCAGGGGUAGGGGUGAAUGGUGCUCCGCAGAAGGAGAGGGAUUGCGUUGUUAUGUGA